AUGUCAGAGGGAAAAAUCACAGACUUGGAUGAAGUCACGUCUUUUCUGGGAGACUACGGCCUCUUUCAAGUUCUAAUAAUGGUUGUGCUCAGUUUAAGUGCAGUCCCCUGCGGGUACAUGGGAGUGAUCGUGGUUUUUGUCUCGGACACACCUGCACAUCACUGCAACGUGUCCGUCGACUCCGCGCGCAUCGGUGCAGAUGUGGAGGCGACUCUCCAGGAGCGGAACAGCUGGAUGGAAGCUGACAGCUGCUCCCGAUACAAACUGAAGGCAAACUGGACUGAGACAGCAGGACUGAGCAACGAAACAGAGCAGUGUGCGGACGGAUGGAUCUACAGCACCGACAGAGACACCAUUGUGUCUGAGUGGGAUCUAGUGUGUGACAGUGCAUGGAAAGUCCCUUUUUCCACCUCCUUAUUCUUCGUAGGGGUCCUGAUUGGAUCCUUCAUUAGUGGGCACCUCUCAGACCGCUUUGGUAGGAAGCCGGUGUUUUUCUUCACCAUGGUCUUGCAAACGGUCACGGCCCUGAUCCAGGCUGCCUCCGUGAGCUGGGUCAUGUUCUGUAUCCUCAACUGCCUGAGAGGACUUGGCCAGAUAUCCAAUUACAUCACAUCACUCGUACUGGGUUCUGAGAUGCUGAGCCCGUCUGCCAGGGUGAGCUUCACUUUGUUAGGCCACAGUCUCGGCUUUGGCAUCGGUUACGCCUUGUUGCCGCUCUUUGCCUACUUUAUGCGAGGAUGGAGGAUGCUGCUGCUUGCUGCUGCCAUACCAGGCUUCCUGUUUAUUCCAUUGUGGUGGGUGAUUCCCGAGUCUCCACGCUGGCUCCUGCAAAAAGGUCGAGUGGAGGAGGCUGAGCUUGUCAUACGUAAGGCUGCCAAGUGGAACAGAGUCCCUGCCCCCGGGGUCAUAUUCAGGGCUGGAGAGUGCUCAGAGCUCAUGCAAAAUAAAGGCGAAGAAGAGCAGACAUACACUUAUAUGGACUUGAUACGCACCCGAAACAUGAGGAACAUCACAAUUUCAGGUGUUUUCAUAUGGAUGUCUGUCUCCAUGGUUUUCUACGGUCUCUCUCUCAAUACUAGCAACCUAAAUGGAAAUAUCUACCUGAACUGCUUCCUCUCUGCAGCUAUUGACCUUGUGGCCUACGUAGCCACUUGGUUUUUGGUGAAAAGAGCUCCCCGACCCGUUCUCCUCUUCUCCACGCUGAUGUUCUGUGGUAUCAUGCUUCUGGUCAUCAAGCUGGUUCCUGAAGACAUGGAUGUCAUGUCCCAGGUGUUAGCUCUGCUGGGAAAGAUGGGUGUUGCUGGUGCUUACUGCUUCAUCUACGUCUUUUUCACUGAGCUGAUCCCCACCGUGGUCAGGAACAUGGGCUUAGGGAUCGCCUCCACAGCUGCACGGCUCAGCGCCGUCAUUUGUCCCUAUGUGAUUUACAUGGGUGUUUACAGCAAGGUCCUCCCAUACCUUAUUUUUGGCACAGUCAGCAUCAUGGCUGCUGUUGUUAGCGUGUUGCUGCCAGACACCAAUAACAGCAAACUUCCUGAUCUUAUCAGCCAGGCCAAACCCAUCAGACGCUGCUGCUGGGCAAAGGGAACUUCUCCAGCCUGUACUGAUGCAGCUCAAGGCUGUAAAGAGGUGACCAAGAGCGCCACCUGCUGAAAGGAAAUCACACAGCAAGAGUUGAAACACUUUUUUGCACAGUAUUGUUGUGGUUUAUGAUGCGUCUGCAAAGCAUUAAUCGUGUUUGGUAGAUAAAACCACAGAGCUUCUGGUCUUCAAAGAAUGGGCUGUCAUGUUCAUUUGCAGGUUUAGACUUUCCCCAAACACUAUAAUCUUUUUUUUUUUUUCC